CUAAAUGCGAAGUUUUUUUUAUUCAAAAAAAGGCUAUAUAUUCGUACUCCGUAGUUUAUAUUACUCGUAAGUACAUAUAUUGAGAUACGGAGAAAAUAUAUCGGUAUACACUUUUUAAAUGUUCUUUUUUUACCAGUACGGAGUACUAACUUGAGAAAUCGAAUAAGUUUUGCUGGACCAAAGCACUCAACAAAAGCAGAGAAAUAAAAAACUGCAACUCACUCACUUCUCCGAUCACCCAUUACCGGCGGAGUUCGGCCCGCCGUCAGCCCGCAACUUCCGCAGUUCUUCGACUUUCUGGGAAAUUUCCCACAUAAAAAGGUUUGACCCUUCUUGUUUGGUUUGCUGCAAACUUGAUGCAACAAUCUUGGGAAAGUGGAGUAAACAUUGCAUCAUAGUAGCUUUGAAUUUUUAUUUUUUUUACAUUGGUCUUUGUAUUAUAUUGAUCUCUGGCAAUGAGUGUCUAUGGUGACAAAUCAGAUGAUGAAUAUUCUGUCAUUGGAGACAAAGGGGAGAUUGGAUUCAUUGACUUUGAGGAUGAUAAGUCUGUUUUUAGUUAUGAUCCAAGUGAAGAGGGUCCGGUUGUCAUUUCUGUGCCAUUUCCAUCCAUUGAGCAUAAGCCUCAAUCAAUUUCUGUCGGUGAGGUUGCUGCUGAUUCAAUUACCAUAAAAAAUUCUACUAGAGAUCCUGUGGAACUUUGGGGGAUCCAGAUAUAUGCUUCAAACCCUGAAGAUUCAUUUACAUUGUCGUUGAUGGAGCCUUCCAAACCAGGGUUUUUGGGCUCCUCCUCUUUGGAAGACCGAAUCCUGCAGCCGCUUAAAACAUUGACAGUAUGGCUAUCUUGCAAGCCUGCAGAUAUCGGGAUGUACACAUGCAUUGUCCACUUUGAUGUUGGAAAUGAUAGGAUUGAGCGUGUGGUCUUUCUCUUGGCAGAAGAUAGUGUCUCCAAAGCUUUAGCUUCAAAGAAACCAUAUCAAAGAGCAAGGAAAAAGACAAAUUUUGUUAUCGAUUCAUAUGUUGAAGGCGUACGUCCUGCAAGGCCAAACUACCGUGGUUUUCGCAAUAAGCUUCCAAUUUAUGAGAUACCAAAAGAAAUCAGAGAAGUUAUAGAGAAUAAGCAGGUACCCGAUGCUAUCAUCGAAGGCCUAUCAAGGAAGAACUAUGUACCUUUCUUUAGAACACUUCUUAUUAUGGAAGAGUUGCGCUUGGAGCAUGAUAUUAAAGCUUAUGACAUGGAGAAUGUCACUAUGAGAAGCAAGGGUCGUCUGUUCUUGACUCUGGAGGUCCUAGGCUUGGCUGAAAGACGACCUUCAUUAGUGCAUGGAGAUUCUGUCUUUGCCAGACUUACUUCUACAGAUGCUGAUGACCAACGUACUUAUGAGGGUUAUAUACACCGUGUAGAGGCUGAUCAUGUAUAUCUGAGAUUUGCUGAUGAGUUCCACAAGCGUCACAGUGAUCAUAAUUUUUAUAACAUCCGAUUCAUGUACAACCGUGUCAACAUGAGAAGAUUGUAUCAAGCCAUUGAAGGUGCAGAAAAGGUACAUAAAGCCUUCCUCUUUCCAUCAGAGUCGUUAGCGAAGAGGCAGAUUACACCAACCCCAAUGGUGCCCAUAUCCAGUAAUCUCAAUGAAGAACAACUGAAUGCUGUUGAAAUGGUUCUAGGAUGCCAAGGGGGAGUACCUUAUAUGAUUAAUGGGCCACCAGGUACUGGUAAAACGAUGACGCUAGUAGAAGUGAUCCUCCAACUUUACAAAACCCGCAAAAGUUCCCGGAUUUUAAUAUGUGCUGCUUCAAACUGCGCUGCAGACCAUAUACUGGACAAAAUUCUGAAAGAAAAGAACAUUAAAAUUCGGGAAAAUGAAAUAUUCAGGCUCAAUGCAAGUAGUCGUUCAGUUGAAGAUAUGAAGCCUGAAUGUAUGCAAUUUUGUUAUUUUGAGGAAUCUGUUUUCCGGUGUCCUCCGCUUCAGGCAUUGUUGCACUAUAGAGUUAUUAUAACAACAUAUAUGAGUUCCGUCCUCCUUCAUACAGAAGGCGUUAAACAGGGCCAUUUUUCUCACAUUAUUUUGGAUGAGGCAGGACAGGCCUCAGAACCAGAGACCCUCGUUUCCAUUUCCACCCUCUGCCAAAAGGACACUGUGGUUGUUCUUGCCGGAGAUCCAAUGCAGCUAGGCCCUGUCAUUUUCUCCCAAGAUGCAAUGAGACAUGGAUUAGGAAAAUCAUAUUUGGAAAGGCUGUUUGAAUAUGAUCUCUAUAGUGAAGGGGAUGAAGGUUAUGUGACAACACUUCGGCGUAAUUACCGAUCCCACCCUGAAAUCCUCCAUCUGCCUUCACAAUUAUUUUAUAAUGGGGAAUUGAUGGCAUGUUAUAAAACCACAAAGUCUACACUUUGGGAGGAUCUUCUUCUAAACAAGGAAUUUCCCAUUCUUUUUACCGGCGUCCACGCUUAUGAUGAGAGGGAAGGAGAUAAUCCCUCAUGGUUUAACCGCACUGAGGCUAGCAUGGUAGUUAAGCUUAUCAAGAAGCUCAUUGAUAAGGAUGUCGCUGAAGAGGAUAUCGGAGUGAUUACACCUUACAGGCAGCAAGUAGCCAAAAUUAAAACGGUUCUUGAAAAUAGUGGGAUUCUUGAUGUCAAGAUUGGCAGUGUUGAGCAGUUUCAAGGACAGGAGAGAGAAGUAAUUAUUAUAUCCACUGUCCGAUCAACUGUUAAACAUGAUGAAUUUGACAGAGUCCAUUAUUUAGGAUUUCUAAGCAAUCCAAAAAGAUUUAAUGUUGCCAUCACUCGAGCCAGAUCUUUGCUUGUCAUUAUAGGGAACCCCCAUAUAAUCUGUAAGGAUCCUUACUGGGCAAAGCUUCUGUGGCGUUGCGUAGAAAAUAAUUCCUACGAGGGUUGUUCCCUUCCAGAACGACAGGAAUUCAAUGAUGAAAUUCCAGAGCAGGACGAAUGGUCUCAUGCUGCAAAGCAAAAGAAUCGUGACAACAGCUCCUCUGAGGGCUAUUCCGUUCCUCAGAGUCAAAGCAAUAACGACAACUUCCUGGCAGAGGAUGGAUGGUCUCUUGACGCCCCUGUGGUGCAGCAGAAUGGUGCAGACUGGGAAAAUGAGGUUUCUAAACCUAUCACGAACGAAGCUGAAUGGUCUGAUGGAUGGACUUUUGAAGCCCCUGUGGUGCAGCAGAAUGGUCCAGAGCUAUCCUGGGAAAAUGAUUCUUCUAAACCUGACAAGAACGAAGAUGAAUGGUCUGGUGGAUGGUCUCUUGAUGCCCCUGUGGCGCAACAGAGUGGUCCAGAGUUAUCCUGGGAUAAUGAUAUUCCUAAACCUGUCAAGGAUGAAGAUGAAUGGUCUGAUGGCUGGAAGUCUUAAUACAUCCUCAGCCUUAUAAGAUAAUAAUAAAUAUUAAUACAAACGAAAAUAACUUUGGUUUUUAUGACAUAUUACAUAUUUGUGACUGAUCUGAGGAGCAAGCAGGGUAGAUAAUUUAUCGCUUUUGUGCUCCAAUUGUAUGUUUAUAUACUGAUACUUGACCACAAUUAAGAAGUCAUUUGAGCAGCUUCUUAAGAUUAUUACUGAGAGUAAGUAAUAAAGAUAAUGUGACAUAGAAAA